AUGAAGGGCCUCGCAAUCGCCAUCUCGGCGCUGGUGUCGUCGACAUGCGCCCAGUACAUGAAGACUCCCGGGAUGCCUCGGUACACCUCCCACAAAGCUGUCUCGAGACAGGAGGGCAACCAGACUGGCAGCGCGUGGCCGUACGGCCCCUUUCGCACCCGCGGGCGUGACAUCGUCAACAGCCGCGGCGAGGUUGUGACAUGGGCCGGCGUCAACUGGCCCAUGAGCGGCGAGACCAUGGUCCCCGAGGGUCUGGAAUGGGCCUCGGUCGACCAGAUCCUCGACGACGUCGAGAGCGUCGGCUUCAACUAUAUCCGCAUGGGUUACGCCAUAGAGAUGGUCGACCAGAUAUACGACCGCGAAGGCGAGGACGUGCCCCUCGAGGUGGCCAUGAUCACGGCCCUCGGCUUCGUCAACGGCACCAGGGUCACCAACGACAUCAUCCGCAACAACCCGUCCUGGACGCGCGAGACGACGCGCUUCGAGAUCUGGUCCGACAUCGCCACCGCCGCCCUCGAGCGCGGCAUCUUCAUCUCGCCCGACGUCCAUGUCAGCAAGGCCUCGUGGUGCUGCUCGCACACGGACGGCAACGCUUGGUUCGGUGAUGUGCACUUCGACGCCGCGCGCUGGCGCCGCGGCCUCGCGCACGUCGCCGGCUGGGCCCGCGCCCACCCCAACAUCGUCUCGCUGUCGCUGCGCAACGAGACGCUGGUCGGCAACUUCUCGGCCGGCGCCGACGCCAUCCACGCCGCCAACCCGGACGUGCUCAUCCUCUGGGGCGGGAUGCAGUACGGCCAGGACCUCUCGGCGCUAACUUCGGGCGCGAACUACCUGACGGCUCCGUGCUACAAGUGCACCGCCAUACGCGACGCCGCGCGCCGCGAGCCCCGAGUCUUCGACGUCGACGCCCACGCCUGGUCCGAAAAGCUCGUGUUCGAGUUGCACCUUUACAAGAUGAGCGAGGACCAGGACACAGGCACCUGCCCGGUCAUCGAGGCCGGCCUCUACCGCAACGGCUUCAACGCGCUUGGAAUCGACAAGCCUGCCGCCUGCGGCAACGCCACCACUGGCGGCGACUGUCCCCGGGCGAGCCGGCUGACGCCCGUCAUCCUGUCCGAGUUCGGCAACGGCCAAGACGACACCCUCCGGACCGACACCCUGCAGACGUGCCUGCGGGAGUACACCGUCAAGCACGGCGUCAGCUGGAUGGUCUGGGGCCUCGCCGGCAGCUACCGCGUGCGCUCCGGCGCGCAGGGAGUCCCGGACGGGUGGGGGCUGACCAACUACGAGUGGAACGGGUGGAACCACCCGGCGACGAUCGAGGACGUCUGGAAACCCUGGGUCAAGGCGAUGAACCCAACGAGGAAGUCGUAG